CAUCCAGUAUCCUUCAGCGCGGUCUUCACAAACCUAGGAGCGAGUGGUAGACUGGGUCCAACUUCUCUUGGUAGUUACUACAGUGGUCAGGAUCAUGAUGGUCAAGUUACAUUGGUCAGCGGUAUUCAACAAUGGACUGUACCACGAACAGGUGACUACAGAAUAGAGGCGAUUGGAGCUGCAGCGGGAUACGACAAAUAUAGUAACGGAGGCAUAUAUCGAGGGAGAGGCGCUCGAAUGAAAGGGACUUUUCACUUAUUUAAAAGCGAAACCAUUCAGAUACUCGUGGGUCAAGAGGGUGGAAUCAACAAGUAUGAUUCGACUGCUGGAGGCGGUGGAGGUACAUUUGUAGUGAGAGGAAGGAGCACGCCUUUGAUAGUAGCUGGAGGAGGCGGAGGCAUGGAUUAUUCAAGAUCAAGACAUACAGAAUGUGAUGCUUCUACGGGCACAGCAGGGAGAGCUGGGUAUCUCUCAUGGUCAGGAGGAAGCGGUGGAUACGGAGCUCAAGCCUUUGGCAACAGAGAUUCAGGUUAGCGAAAUGCAUGACGAACACGUCAAUCGCUAACACUUGUAAAAAAAAGUCCCAUUUUUUUCAGUUGUGUGGGUGUGUUCGAGCAACUCGCUCGCUACACGAUGAGGUACCAGGAAUCUGAUUUACAUCUUGCCUUUAUUCUUCUUAAUCUUCUAACUCUUCCACUUUUUCACUAACGUACUUCUCCUACUUCUACUCUACUUCUCUACUUCUACUCCAGUUCUCCUACUUCAGGUAUAGUAGCGGUUUUAAUAGCCAAAGCUGGACAUGUUUGGGUUAGCUGACCGGAAGAGUUUCCAUUGUAUACCAUAUCGCUAACAUUGCAACAGGUUUGCUAUUGUUACGGAAUAGAUUAGUCUACGCACAGCCGCAACUAAUAAGUACCAAAGGACGAAGGUCAGCCAGCCGUAACACCACAAACACGACCACCUGUUAAAAACAGUGCCAAGCGAAUAACAUUCCUAAUGUGGCAAUAAGUAAAUUCGCGAGCUAAGCAUAAAUUAAAGUACAAGUAAAAACAAAAGAUCAUAACAGGGAAACAGUACGUGGACAAAAACAAGACUUAAUGAACUAAACUAAACUUAAAAGAUAAGAUAGAUCUGUCUAAAAAAUAACUUUCAAAUUACUUCACAACACAGGUUAGCAGAUGAAAUCAUGACUGGGACGAAAACCAGGGGACGUUUCUUUGUGCAAAUGAUAGCCAAAUAUUGCUUAGCAACGCUCGUAAUAAAAAGUUGCCGCAACUGCCAUGAAGAAAACCGCGUAGCAUUCGUCUUAUAAUUACAGAAGAGCUGUAGUUGGGGGCGGAAAUAAUAGUUGGAAUUGUACACUCGAGGCAACCAAUAGGAUAGCUAAAUAUUUUUCAAAACGUUUUCCUUCUAGUCGCAGUCAGAAAAUGUCUGAAGAUCAGACUUUUCAAGUUCAGAUCAUUGUCCCAAAUCUUACUAAUGUGCGUAGUGACGGCAUUAAACAACGCUUGACUUCAUGAAACUAGAAAAAAAAAAUAAAUGCAAUAUGAUUACUUAAGCUUACCGGUCGAGAUGCAGCACGUGGAAGCUAUUAAAUAAGGCCAGAAUAGCUUAAGACUUUUCAACGCUCUUACGCGUCCAUCAAGGCGAAAUAAGCUUACUAAGAAUACAGUAGCUUAUCUUUGAAACGAUGAUUCCAGGCGAUUACUUUUUGUCAAGCGGCCCAACCCAAUAAACAAGCCAGCCAAUAAUGACAAAAUAAUCUUGCAUUGAUAGCAGCUGUAUUUCUCUUUGAAGAUCCAGUGCUAAAAGAAGGUUAAAACAUGAUAAUAUGACACAAAACUUUGUCAGCUCCAGCCAUCAGUAAACAAGUAUCCAGAUGCUGCAUAAAUUUUCCACAUGAAUCCUCUCCGCUAGCGUAAACUUUCGCCUGUUAAUUCUUGCUUUACCUGUUAAAAUCCUUCUUGACGUGCUCUUUCGUGUGUUUGGGUCUUCUAAAGCGUCUUUUAAUGCCCUGACAUCUUUAUUCACAACAUUUUAAAACUUCCGUGGCCAUCUUGGCACUGACACGUCCGGAAGGUUGCCUUGGCAAUUUUGUAAUUUCACAUGUGAAAUGAUAAAUUUACGCCGAAAGUUCGCUCCAAAAUUAUUUUACGUCAAUAACCUAUCAUAAGGAGACAGAACAUCCAAAGCAAAUUUUUUUUUUUCAAUAAUAAACAGUCAAAAAUGCUAACUGUAUUUAUGAGCUAGUCUUGUGUCUAACCCAAAGGCCUAACACCUCGCUAGAUGAUCUUGAUGCUCUUGGGAAAUCCCGUAUUUAAAUCCUGACUUUGAAUAAUGCUAAUGCAUGCUUCUCUAGCUUUAACUUGGAUAUUUUUUUUUUCCAGGCGGCGGCGGUGGUGGCUUUUACUCCAGUGGGAGAAGCUCAAAGCAGUUCGGGGGUUCAGGGGAUGGCGGGGAAGGAGGCAAGGGAUUUCUUCAGGGAGGAGUGGGUGGAAGAGCCCGGUACAACAAUAUCGAAGGAGGGUUUGGAGGAGGUGGUGGUGCUUAUGGAAACGGAGGAGGUGGUGGACGUGGAGGAGGCUACUCUGGAGGAGGUAGCGGUGUAAAUAGCAUGGAUGCCUGCGGAGGAGGGGGAGGAUCCUAUAACGCUGGAAAGAAUCAGCAAAAUGAAUGUUGUUACAAUGCAGUUGGACAUGGUCAGGUGACCAUAACAUUAAUAUAGAUUACAAUACAAAGCAGUGUGGCUAUACCUGUCUCCAAAAGUCGUUUGGUAUUACAAAAAGGAAAUGUUAAUUACAUUGUUAUUACAUCUCGCAUAAAAGAUAAGGAGGAUAUUACCAUCUUUCCAGCUUGUCUUGCACGUAUUUCGGGCUGAUUGUUUCCGGUCUGUCAGAUGAAAUCCUGAAUUUUACUUAAAGUUUCGGAGAAAUUUUCGCCCUUUUAAAGAUGAGAUAUGGAGGUAAAGUAGGUCUUAGCGUAAUUUCUCAUCUUUCAUUAAGAAGACAGAAUGAUUUCUUUAUUAAAUUAUCCUGUUUUCUGUAAGAUUUGACUGUGUGACCUUUCUCUCGUCAUGCAUCGCUGCUUAUCUGUUGUUUACGGAGGGGGUUGAAUUAUUCAUUUCGGUAAUCUUCUGGGGGCCUGUUUACAUGGAGGUGGGGGACCCCAGGUAGGUGAAGUUACCUGCUUAGUUGGGGUAACCCGUUUGUCCAUUUAAUCUCUCACUUUAAUUUGAUCACGUUUACAUGAUAGGUGGUGAUGGUGGGGUUACCCGCCAUAUUUUAUCUCACCUACCUCGGGUUCCCCACCUCCAUGUAAGCAGGCCCUUAAGAACCCAAUAGACUCCUUUCGACUCCACACUUUCCCAGAAACUUUUCAUCUUAAACGUGGGGUACUUUUAGGGCUAUCUAUUAUGAUAAGAGACAUUAGCUGCCUUUGCGUGCGGAGUGCAUUUGGUAAUAUUUUCAACAAGUUUCCAUUGAAAUAGCAUUUCACUUACUUUUUCGUAACUGUGGCUGAUUCACGGCAGUGGUGUUGGGGGUCAACAGUGUUUGAAGCUGCGAAAGACGCGUACAUGGUGGUAUUUUUGCCAGCUCAGUAAGUGGCGACCAGUAACUGGUCAGACAUGUUUAUAAUCAUGGAUGUAUUAAAAAUCGCUUACCGAGUUUCUCGCAGCCAGAUUCUUUGACAUCUUCUACAUCCAAUGCAUAUUUCAAUACAAAUUAAGUAGCCAGCGUUUGACAAGUAUUAUUGAAUAUUUAUUUUAUCGCAGACCCCGUGACAUUAAAGGUUUAUCAGCUUUUAUUUAUACCUGGAUUUUUUUAAAACCGGGUUAGUAAAAAUAUCAACUCAUUCUUUUAUUUGGCAAUUUAAAACCAUAAAACUCAUUCAAAUAACGAUUAAAAACGUUUAUCUGACGCUGGGCAGUAAGUUAAUGGUCCCUAGAAGCAUUACAACGAGUCCAAAUUUAAAAUGACGUAGUUUAGAACCAGAGGAGGUUGGACAACAGUUCGCAAAGGAUCACGGGGCGAAUUAUCAACUCGCUGAUCACGGUUACAACGAAACCGUCGACCAAGACGGAUCUCCGUGAUGCACGCCUUUUUGCCGAUUUUAGCCACAGUUGUGCUAGAAUUCCGAAUAUUUCCGAACAAAAAGUUUAUCCUAUCAAAGAUGUUAUAAAUGUGUCACAUCCAAGUGGUUGAGAUUCCUUUAAAACAUGUUAUUUGGGGUCGUCGAAAGUUAGCCGGCUUGCGGCUUGCAGACAAAGCGAGUUGUGUCAACUAUGUGCUUUCGCCUUUCUAGACAACGAAGGUUAUUGCGAGCAGUCUAAUGGGCAAGACAAAUGUGUCACAGCUUUGAGAUUACAAUUUAGUAUCUAUCGAUCACUUAGUUUUAAUUGAUCGAUGGUCCGCUUGAGUUCAUUCUUUGGAUUGCUUAUUUGUAAUUUACAAGCAUUUCGAUUUUGAAGACUUCCUCAAGGACUGAAGUCAGUCAUACAGCUGUACAAUUGAACUGAAUGAAUGCUAGGUACAUACAACACACUUGGCGAACGUAAGUUUUCUCUUGGACUGGACUACUGCAUAGUUGGAGGCAAGAGAACCCCGAGUAAAUUCCUCAUAAAAAUUCAUUACUUUGGGCUUCCCAAAAAGAAAAGUAAAUCACAUGCGUUUCCAAUGAUACGGAUAUGAGAUUCUCUCGCUUUCUCAGUAUCACUAUGUAUAGUAUUUGAAUUCAAGAUAAUGGCCACACUUGCAUUUCAGCAUUUUCAGUUCCUUACCAGCCAUGCACGAUCCCAUUUCCUCCAUCAUAAAUAUUACAUUAACAGGUGACUGAAUAAACAAUAUUUCAAGGGCAGCAUUUUUGUUUAAAAGAUUCAAUGUAGUGGUUUUAUUUAGUGUAGUAGUAGUAGUGGUAUAAAAUAGUGUGUAGUGCGGUAUAAAUAUCCUUACAGAAUGAUAUCCAGUAGUUAGAGGAAUAGUGGUAAUUUGAGAGAACCAUCCAGCAUUAGGAGAUCUUAGGAAUCUCCGAAUGUCAAGAUGAUCACCAUCGCUAAUUGUCUUCAAUAAUUGGAGAACAAUAGAAAUUACUGUUUUUUCACCUAUGUCUGGAAUACUCAUGCGAUCCUUUUAUUGUUCUCAUCCCUUACCCACUGUUCAAAAUAGGAAAUGUCUCUGACCAAAAGCAAAUACAGUAAAAAUCUGCAACUAAAAACUUGGUUUUCAAGAGCCUGUUAGGUUGAAAUUUGCAUGUUAGGCCCUCCCUAUACAAGAACGUGUUAAAGCCUAAUAUUUAAAAACAGGUUCUUAUUUACUAAAAUCUGUUUAAAAAAAAUUCUGUACUCGUUGGGCAAAUAAGAUAAGUCAACUUUCAGGAUCCUCUUUAGAGACACAGGUGCCCCAUCAAUGGCUAUGUUUAUCAUAGUGCAAUAUGUAAUGGUAUGCAUGUAAGGAAUCAGCUGAAUACCGCUGAAUAGUCUUAGCCUGAAUCUAUUUUUUCUUCAGAAAAUAAGAGCCCAUCCUCUGAGACCCACGGGCCUAAAUUUGUUCUAAUCACCAUGCAGUUAUUUAAAAACCUGUUUAGUGGGGCUAACUUGGGAAAUAUGCAGGUUCUUAGUGGCAGGUGUUAACUGUAUUCUUGUUUGAUGCUUCUAAGAACCGCACUUGUUGACAAUUUACAAUGACCCCUUAAUAAAAUCAGUUCAGCCGGAGCACAGAAACUCACUUAACUCCCCACUAGUUCCUUCAAUAACCAGGGAUGGUGGAACAUUUGUCUAAGUGGGGGAGGGGCUGACUGAUUGGUAAAGCAUAUUAGAGGGAGGCUAUGGCUGAAGCCCUCACAGACCCCUGGUUUCGCGGUCUGUGAUAAUAUCUUCCUCCUCAUCUAUACAAAGUAAUAAUGGAUACUCAGAUUAGCCAGGACUUGAAAAUCUGUGGUAUGCCUACUCGUUGCCCUCACUACUAAAUAAGUUAUGGAAACCACACCGCCUGUGAAUGCUCAAACAUUCCCUAAGGAAGAAGAGUCCCACCCGGAAUAUAAUAAAUAUUUCUUCAAAGUUUUGUGAAAAGUAGACAAAUAGAGACACGGAGAAGCGAAAGAGUCCCACUUCAAAUUGUAUCAAUCAAAACACCCAAGAUGAGGAGCCAUUUUGGGAUGUCGAGCAAAGUGCGAUGAAACUAAACCCAAAAAAUCCACUCACCGAUAAAGAUUUAAGCAUCAAUACAAUCAAGAGGGCCCAGCUAAGCUAGCAGAGGAAUUUCAAUUUUCGGUUAACACAAGCGCUGAAAUGUCAUUGAAUAAUUCGGAAAAACUCAGCCCAUUGGCAGAAAACCACCUCUGGACUUUUCUCUUACACUCGUCUUAUUCAACUUCCCGGAUGUAGAGUCACACGGUCGGCAGACCAGCUUAGCCUUGUUGUCACCCCAGAAAAAAAGUCUUGGCCCAGGUCAAAGUUCACCUCCAAUUUUGCUCUCACCUAAUUCAUUUGACUCCUAAUAGCCUGUUCCCGAUGCCAAAGACUGAGUGGUCACCUUAGAAAAGCGAACAAUAUCGUACCUUUCUGUCUCAGCCCUGAUCAAGGUGACUGAUCCGCUUAGCCAAAUGAAACGAGAAUAUUUAACAAUUAUUCCUCGAGCCCGAAUGGGUUCUGAGUCAAUAGCCCAUGAGGCCGAAGGCCGAAUGGGCUAUUGUCUCAGAGGCCAUGAGGGCGAGAAGAAUAAUUGUUUUAGUAAAAUCCAACUAGUUGGUCUAAAUAUCGAGAAUAAAAAAAAAAUUAUGUAGUUAAAGCUAGACUUUAAUCCUUUUUUGCCGCCAAAAAGCCCGCGCUUUUCGCUACUAAUGGGCUAUAACGUAAAGCAUAGUAGUAGCUCAACCAAUCAGAACGCAGCACUGAUAAUAGACCAAUAGUUGGAUUUUACUAAAACGAUGCAGACUCCGCGAAUCGUAAUCGUAACUUUGUCCCAUCUCAGAGCUUUACAUGAUGGUCUCCGGGAAACUUUUCUCAAAGUGACCAAUAUCUAAAAGUAAACUACAAAACAGUACAGAAACCAGCUUCAGGCGCGCACUGAUUUCAAAUAACUGUCACUUGUGUUAAACAAAGAAUUGUGGGUAUGGACAAAAAAAAAGGAGGGAAGGGGGUGCGGGUAAGAUAGUAAUUCUGUCUACACUAUCCACUAACCACAAAGCAGGCAAAAAAAAAAAAAACGAUAUAAGCAAACAACACAGUAAACAAGUUAUUAGACAGGGAAAGUCGAGAAAAAUUACACAAUUUUUGCUAACCCGGUUUCCAUAACUCCAGGUAUAGAUUUAAGUGCAGUCAUACAAUCUGGAUGAAGAAUUUAAGAGUGGUUGUCAGAGAAAACCGGGCAAAAUGUUAAAAAUGUCAACGGAAAGGGGUCAACAGAAUAAGUUCAUACUAACAUCAUAGAUAGGUCUGGUGGAGUAAUGGACAAAUAUAAUAAACAUAGGUUCUUCACUGCUCUUGUAUUAGAGAUACGAGCAUCA